AUGAAUCAGCAGAUCAUGCUGGAAACAAAGAAGUUGAGACAAUUACAAGUGGCAUCCGUGACACAAUCUGAAACCGGACAUCUGCUGGCCUUUACUAUCAUCGCAAUUACUAUUAAAGUUAUCGUCAUUAUUGGAGUCAUAUUUGCUCUACAAGCAUGUUGGAUCCAAUCUGAUGAUUACGACAUCGAGAAUUUAAGAUUGAUGUUUUACAACCAUUGGGUUAACGAAACAACACGCAAGGAAGAAAUUAGCGGAAUUCCAAUGAUUGAUUUUACAUAUUGCGAAGGGCGUCGUAACAAGUUUAUUGAAUCACCGAAAACGAAAGCAGAUAGUAAGGACAAGACAUCAAGCAACAAUUUAAUUAAAUUACCCAUUUGGUUCGGUUACAUACAUCUCUCUUUAAGUUUAAUUGUAGCUGCAGGCACAUUGCAUGCUACCAUUUGGUGGGAUUUCACCUCAAAACCAAUACCAUCUAUGUUGAUCGAUUUUUGCACCUAUGAUAUGGAAUUGUGUCGACGGCAAUGUGAUGUACUUUUUAACGAGGAAUAUCCUCGAAUUGUAAAUAACGAUUUGGAAUUAGUGGCAGAAGAAGUACAAGAAAUUUUUAUCAGUUAUUUGUCAAUUUUGGGUGAUAAGCUUCAGAAAUUGAAAUGGGCCAUGCUAUCCGUUUGCUUUUCCUAUAUUCUGUUGCUCAUUAUUGCUUUCGCUUCAACCUUAAAUUCAUUUCUCCCACAAAUGAUUUGGGAGAAAAAUCGCGGUAUAUUUCGUUGGCUUUGCUUAGGAUUUUAG